GUGGCCGCUCUCAGGUUCCUCUCUGGUUAAAGCAUCAAGAGAAUAGAAACCUUAUAUGUAUAUUGAUAUGAUAAAGUUUUCGAUAUACCUAGUUGAGGAUCUCUCAUAAGAAAACAAUUUUUAUUUUGUAUCUUUGCCGGUACCGUAAUCGCACAAAUGUUAAAUAACAUCACCAAAAAUAUUCUGCUGUGUAGUAGGAGUGCAUUACUCCAAAGAUACAAUGUACUACGUGUAACACCAAAUAUCAGGAGCAAAUGGAACACAGUGUCAUCAAAGAAUCAAAAUGUGACAUUGGAGGACGAUGACAUCGAUGAUCAGCCUAUAAAGUAUUCCACGUCAAAAGCUGCCACCAUGAGAGUAGACGAGUAUCGCAAUCCAGAUGGAGACAACAUCCCAUGGUAUCAGGAUUACUGUAUGACAAUAAGCAUGGCUGUUUUUCUCAUCUACUUCUGUAUCCUAAGAGAGGAAAAUGAUCUCGAUGAAAUGCUGAAUACAGAUUUAGGAGACUCACUACGUAGAACACAGAAGGAAAUGGAAAAAAAGAAAACUUAAAUUUAAUUCGUAACAUCAUGUCUGGAGUGAUUUUUUCUGUAUAAAAUUGUUAUGUAACAAGUUUUUACUGUACAAUAUUCAUACUUUUUGCUGAAAUAUGUUGAUGAACAUUAUUUCAAAUUAAUUUACAGUAAUAUUUAUUGAAAUAAGUACUGUACAUAAUAUAGGAGGGAGAUUUGUUAAGAAAAGUCUUUUAUUGAAUAAAUAAGAAAUAUAGAUA